GGGGCCAGAGCCUAUCCCAUGAUGCACCGCGCCAGCCCUGUCCCCAGUGGGCCGCCAUGUUGUCGGAGUGAAAGGUAAGGGGGAGCGAGAGCGCUGGAGAGAGAAGAUCGGGGGGCUGAAAUCCAUCUUCAUCCUACCGCUCCGCCCGUGUUGGUGGAAUGAGCGUUGCAUGUGUCUUGAAGAGAAAAGCAGUGCUUUGGCAGGACUCUUUCAGCCCCCACCUGAAACAUCACCCUCAAGAAACAGCUAAUCCCAACAUGCCUGUUGUUUUGACAUCUGGAACAGGGUCGCAAGCGCAGCCACAGCCUGCUGCAAAUCAGGCUCUUGCAGCUGGGACACACUCCAGCCCUGUCCCAGGAUCCAUAGGAGUUGCAGGCCGUUCCCAGGACGACGCUAUGGUGGACUACUUCUUUCAGAGGCAGCAUGGUGAGCAGCUUGGGGGAGGAGGAAGUGGUGGAGGCGGCUAUAAUAAUAGCAAACAUCGAUGGCCUACUGGGGAUAACAUUCAUGCAGAACAUCAGGUACGUUCUAUGGAUGAACUAAAUCAUGAUUUUCAAGCACUUGCUCUGGAGGGAAGAGCUAUGGGAGAGCAGCUCUUGCCAGGUAAAAAGUUUUGGGAAACAGAUGAAUCCAGCAAAGAUGGACCAAAAGGAAUAUUCCUGGGUGAUCAAUGGCGAGACAGUGCCUGGGGAACAUCAGAUCAUUCAGUUUCCCAGCCAAUCAUGGUGCAGAGAAGACCUGGUCAGAGUUUCCAUGUGAACAGUGAGGUCAAUUCUGUACUGUCCCCACGAUCGGAGAGUGGGGGACUAGGCGUUAGCAUGGUGGAGUAUGUGUUGAGCUCAUCCCCGGGCGAUUCCUGUCUAAGAAAAGGAGGAUUUGGCCCAAGGGAUGCAGACAGUGAUGAAAACGACAAAGGUGAAAAGAAGAACAAGGGUGCGUUUGAUGGAGAUAAGCUAGGAGAUUUGAAGGAGGAGGGUGAUGUGAUGGACAAGACCAAUGGUUUACCAGUGCAGAAUGGGAUUGAUGCAGACGUCAAAGAUUUUAGCCGUACCCCUGGUAAUUGCCAGAAUUCUGCUAAUGAAGUGGAUCUUCUGGGUCCAAACCAGAAUGGUUCUGAGGGCUUAGCCCAGCUGACCAGCACCAAUGGUGCCAAGCCCGUGGAGGAUUUCUCCAACAUGGAGUCCCAGAGUGUCCCCUUGGACCCCAUGGAACAUGUGGGCAUGGAGCCUCUGCAGUUUGAUUAUUCAGGCACGCAGGUACCUGUGGACUCAGCAGCCGCAACUGUGGGACUUUUUGACUACAAUUCUCAACAACAGCUGUUCCAAAGACCCAACGCACUCGCAGUCCAGCAGCUGACGGCCGCUCAGCAGCAGCAGUAUGCCCUUGCAGCAGCACACCAGCCACACAUUGCAGGUUUAGCUCCUGCCGCGUUUGUGCCCAAUCCAUACAUCAUCAGCGCUGCUCCCCCAGGGACGGACCCCUACACAGCUGGAUUGGCUGCAGCAGCUACGCUUGGCCCCGCUGUGGUCCCUCACCAGUAUUAUGGCGUCACUCCCUGGGGAGUCUACCCUGCCAGUCUUUUCCAGCAGCAAGCUGCUGCUGCUGCAGCUGCAACCAAUUCUGCUAACCAGCAGACCACCCCACAGGCUCAGCAAGGAGGGCAGCAGGUUCUCCGUGGAGGAGCAAGCCAGCGUCCUUUGACCCCAAAUCAGAAUCAGCAGGGACAGCAAACAGAUCCACUAGUGGCAGCUGCAGCUGUGAACUCUGCACUUGCAUUUGGACAGGGUCUGGCUGCAGGCAUGCCAGGCUAUCCAGUUUUGGCUCCUGCUGCUUACUAUGACCAAACUGGUGCUCUUGUGGUGAAUGCAGGAGCAAGAAAUGGCCUUGGAGCUCCUGUUCGGCUUGUAGCUCCUGCUCCAGUCAUCAUUAGUUCCUCAGCAGCACAAGCAGCUGUUGCAGCGGCCGCAGCUUCAGCAAAUGGAGCCGCUGGUGGUCUUGCUGGAACAACAAAUGGACCAUUUCGUCCUUUAGGAACCCAGCAGCCUCAACCCCAGCCCCAGCAGCAGCCUGGUAACAACUUGGCAUCCAGCUCUUUCUAUGGCAACAACUCCCUGAGCAGCAACUCCCAGAGCAGCUCCCUCUUCUCCCAGGGCUCUGCCCAGCCUGCCAAUACGUCUUUGGGAUUUGGAAGCAGCAGUUCACUUGGCGCGACCCUGGGAUCAGCCCUCGGAGGGUUUGGAACCGCAGUUGCAAACUCCAACACUGGCAGUGGCUCCCGCCGUGACUCCCUGACUGGCAGCAGUGACCUUUAUAAGAGGACAUCGAGCAGCUUGACCCCCAUUGGACACAGUUUUUAUAACGGCCUUAGCUUUUCCUCCUCUCCUGGACCCGUGGGCAUGCCUCUCCCUAGUCAGGGACCAGGACAUUCACAGACACCACCUCCUUCCCUCUCUUCACAUGGAUCCUCUUCAAGCUUAAACCUGGGAGGACUCACAAACGGCAGUGGAAGAUACAUCUCUGCUGCUCCUGGUGCCGAAGCCAAGUACCGAAGUGCGAGCAGUGCCUCCAGCCUCUUCAGCCCCAGCAGCACCCUUUUCUCUUCCUCUCGCUUGAGAUACGGAAUGUCUGAUGUCAUGCCCUCUGGCAGGAGCAGACUGUUGGAAGAUUUUCGAAAUAACCGGUACCCUAAUUUACAACUGCGCGAGAUUGCUGGACAUAUAAUGGAAUUUUCCCAAGACCAGCAUGGUUCCAGAUUCAUUCAGCUGAAGCUAGAGCGUGCCACAGCAGCCGAGCGCCAGCUUGUGUUCAACGAGAUCCUCCAGGCUGCUUACCAACUUAUGGUGGAUGUGUUUGGAAAUUAUGUCAUCCAGAAGUUCUUUGAAUUUGGCAGCCAUGAACAGAAGCUGGCUUUGGCAGAACGGAUUCGAGGCCAUGUCCUAUCACUGGCACUGCAGAUGUAUGGCUGCCGAGUUAUCCAGAAAGCUCUUGAAUUUAUCCCCUCAGACCAGCAGGUAAUUAACGAGAUGGUUCGGGAACUAGAUGGCCAUGUCCUCAAGUGUGUGAAAGAUCAGAAUGGCAACCAUGUGGUCCAGAAGUGCAUUGAAUGUGUGCAGCCCCAGUCCUUGCAGUUUAUCAUUGAUGCAUUUAAGGGACAGGUAUUUGCUUUGUCCACACAUCCUUAUGGCUGCCGUGUAAUUCAGAGAAUCCUGGAGCACUGUCUCCCUGACCAGACCCUUCCUAUCUUAGAGGAGCUUCACCAGCACACAGAGCAGCUUGUGCAGGAUCAGUAUGGAAAUUAUGUCAUCCAACAUGUACUGGAGCAUGGUCGCCCUGAAGAUAAAAGCAAAAUUGUAGCAGAGAUCCGAGGCAAUGUGCUUGUAUUGAGUCAGCACAAAUUUGCAAGCAAUGUUGUGGAGAAGUGUGUUACGCACGCGUCACGCACGGAGCGCGCUGUGCUCAUCGAUGAGGUGUGCACCAUGAACGACGGUCCCCACAGUGCCUUAUACACCAUGAUGAAGGACCAGUACGCCAACUAUGUGGUCCAGAAGAUGAUCGAUGUGGCAGAGCCUGGUCAGCGGAAGAUCGUCAUGCAUAAGAUCCGGCCCCACAUCGCCACUCUACGCAAGUACACUUAUGGCAAGCACAUCUUGGCCAAGCUGGAGAAGUACUACAUGAAGAAUGGUGUGGACUUGGGGCCCAUCUGUGGUCCCCCGAAUGGUAUUAUCUGAGCAGUGCAGCCCAUUCCCGAGCCCGCUGACCUCGCUGAUCCCCGGCAGAUCCAACCAGCAGCCGCAAGGGUCCUGAGGCCGGCGUCUCGGGCCAGUGGUUGCUGCAGGGUUGUGCCCUCCCAGAAACCAAUCAACUCCGCAGGUGGAAAGCCUUUGUAAAUUUAAUUUUAUUACACAUAACAUGUACUAAUUAUUUUUUUUAAUUGACUAAUUACCCUGCUGUUUUACUGGUGUAUAGGAUACUUGUACAUAGGUGACCAAUGUACAUGGGAGGCCACAUAUUUUGUUCAAUGUUGUAUCUAUAUUCCAUGUGAAGAAACUUUCAGGGUGGUUGGUUUAACAAAAAAAAAAAAAAGUUUUAAAAAAAGGUUUUUAACUCAUUUGCCUCAUGGGCAAGUUUUGCAAAUAGCUCUUCCCCAUCUCCUCAUUUUAGUAAAAAACAAAAACAAACAAAAAAAAAACCUGGGAAGUUUGAAUUUUAGUUAAAUGGCCAUAAAGUGGCAUUUAACAAUUUAACACUUUAUAAAAAAAAUCGGUAUAUAUAUAUAUAUAUAUAUAUAUAUAUACAUACAUACAUAUAUAUGUAUAUAUAAUGAAAAUGUUUCAGAGUUGCUAAAGCCUCCAUUUAUGACAUUGUUGAUGAAACUUGCCAGCAACUGCUCUGCUGGAGACUGCGCUGGGCUGACGGCGGUAGUCCGGCCACUGGGGAGGAGCCGGCCCGGGGACGCCGAGGCCGAGGCAGGGCCGGGCCGGGCCGGGCCGGGCCAGGCCGGGCGCAUUGUUUACUGCCUACUGGAUUUUUUUCUGUUAACAUGGAAAGGCAAAAUCUGAUUCUUUUAGCAUGAGAAAAAAAAUCCAACUCUGCUUUUGGUCUUGCUUCUAUAAAUACAUAGUGUAUACUUGGUGUAGACUUUGCAUAUAUACAAAUUUGUAGUAUUUUCUUGUUUUGAUGUCUAAUCUGUAUCUAUAAUGUACCCUAGUAGUCGAACAUACUUUUGAUUGUACAAUUGUACAUUUGUAUACCUGUAAUGUAAAUGUGGAGAAGUUUGAAUCAACAUAAACCCGUUUUUUGGUAAGAACAGAGAGUUAGCCAGCCCUGUGCACUCAGUGUAUAUUCUCACCUUUUAUGGUCGUAGCAUAUAGUGUUGUAUAUUGUAAAUUGUAAUUUCAACCAGAAGUAAAUUUUUUUUCUUUUGAAGGAAUAAAUGUUCUUUAUACAGCCUAGUUAAUGUUUAAGAAGAUAAACCUAGCUUGGUUUUAUUUGUCGGCUAGUGAGGCGGUAGCAAGAUCCUUUCUAAAUAUUAUUCAGGAUGACUCAGUUCACACUAUAGUGGGUUUUUGUUUUUGUUUGUUUGUUUCUUUUUUACCCUACAAAAGUAAUGUUUUGCUUAUUUUGUGACAGUCAAAAGGACGUGCAAAAGUUGAGCCCUGCCCAGCCUUCCUACAAUCAGAGCCCUCCACCCACCUACCUGUAAAGUGUGAACUGCCCUUUCUUUUUGUACAGAAGAUGAACUGUAUUUUGCAUUUUGUCUACUUGUAAGUGAAUGUAACAUACUGUCAAUUUUCCUCGUUUGAAUAUAGAAUUGUAACACUACGCGGUGUACAUUUCCAGAGCCUUGUGUAUAUUUCCAAUGAACUUUUUUGCAAGCACACUUGUAACCAUAUGUGUAUAAUUAACAAACCUGUGUAUGCUUAUGCCUGGGCACCUAUUUUUUGUAACUCUUGUGUAGAUUGUCUCUAAACAACGUGUGAUCUUUAUUUUGAAAAAUACAGAACUUUGGAAUCUGA